AUGGAAGAAAAGAUGGAACAAAAACCAAAUGGAAUAAAUGAUUCAUCUACACGAGUAAAAAUAUUAAAUACAAAAAAUUUAUCAACAACAAAUAAUAUAAAUGAUGAUGUUGAUGAUGAAAUAGAUGAUAAUACAAAUCAAAUAGCUGAAUUAAAUAAUCGAAUUAAAAAUGAUUUUAUAUCCUAUUGUUUAUCAUUUUUACAAGAAGAUGAAGAAGCUCGAGAAUGUGUUCAAGUCGUAUGGAAUAAAUAUUUACAAUGUGUUGGUGAUGUUGCUAUGAUAUCUGCUUUUUUUGAUACACUUCCAUUUAAUAUUAAAGCAUCUGUAUUACAAAAAUAUCAAAAUGAAAUCAUUGAAUGGUGUCGAAAUUUAUUUCAUAUUAAUUGUGAUACAUUACUUUAUUCAUCAUUUUGUUCAGAAACAUUUUUACGUAUAAUACGUUAUGCACUUAAACAAAUAACUAAUGAAAAUAAUUUAUUAUUAAAAAAAGCUAUUAUCUAUGUAUCAAAUGAUUUUGAUAUUAAUGUAAAAAAUGAUUUAUUAUCUUCAAUAUCAAAUAUUAAAUUUGAACAUAUACAAAAUGAUAUAACACAUGAAGAUAUGAUUGAUAUUAAACAACUUGAAGAAUUAAUUAAACGUGAUUUAAAUGAUACUAAUUCUUAUCCAUUUAUGGUUAUUGCAAAUGCAGGUACUAAUUUAUUGGGUCGUUGUGAUGAAUUAACAAAAAUAAAACAACUUUGUAAUCAAUAUAAUCUUUGGCUUCAUGGAAUAGGUGAUUUAUUAGGUUCAUUAGCAUUGUUAUCAACAAUUAAAGAAAAUGUUAAUAUUAGUUGUGAUAGUUUAACAAUUGAUAUUGUUAAAUUAUUAGGUAUUCAAAAUUUACCUUAUUUAACAUUUUUGAUUCGACCAAUAAUCGAAAUAAAACAAGAUAAACCAACAGAAUACAAUGCUAUACAAGAUGAACGAUUAAAUAAUGAUAAUUUAUCAACAAAAUCAACAAAAAAUACAAAUAUAUCAUCAUCGUCAACAACAGCAACAACAACAAUAACUAAUAAUAAUAAUAAUUCAUUAACAACUCAUCCAUUUGAUGAUAUUAUUUUACAUAGUCCAUCAAUUAGUUUUUUAAGUGUAUGGUCUAUUAGUCAACGAUGUUCAAAAGCCCAUGUUCUUUAUCAUAUGAAACAUUCAUUUGAUUUAACAAAUUUAUUAAUAAAAAAUUUAAAACAAAUUAAAACAUUAAAAAUACUUAUGGAUGAUGAUAAUCAAGGAACUUCAACUUGUAAACGUAUUUGUUCAGGUGAUGCACCGGAUGAUUCAUUACCAAAAACUGUGGUUCUUUUUCGUUUUGAAGCUAAUGAUGUACCAGAAAUUGGAAAUUUGGAUGAUUUAUAUAAUUAUAUUGAUCUUCUUAAUCUUUGGUUAUUCGAUAAACUUUCUCAACAAUAUCCAAAAAUGAAUUUAGAAUUACUCAAAGGUAUUCAGUUUCAAAUAUUAAAAUCUGAUGAUAAUAAUUCAAAUCGAACACCAGCUCAUGCUAUUCGAUUUGCUCCAUUAGAACAUUUACUUGAUGUUAUUGAUGAAGUUGAAAUUCAAAGUUUUACUGAUGAUAUGCAACGUUACAGUGAUAUUCUUCUUGCUACAAUGAUUGCACGUGCACGUCUUUCAUCAAGUGUAAGUAAAUAUGAAAAUCUUGUUUCUAUUUCAAUGCCUAAUUGGGCUGGUAUUGGAGCUAUUCGUUAUAUACCAAGUCAUAUUAAUAUAAAUGAACAAUCUGAGGCAUCAUCCUAUGAUAUAAAUACAAUUCAAGCUGAAUUAGCAAGAAAAUUACAAGCCAAUGAUUCAGCAUUUUCAUUAGGUGGUGAAACAAAUGAACAUGAUUCAAUGUUUUAUUUACGUUUAGGAAUGAUUAGAAAAUGUGAUGAUCUUGAUGUAUUAUUACAAAAAAUAGCUGAUUGUGGUAAAGAAACAGAAACAGCAUUAAAAUAUGUUGAAGAUAUGGCAGAAAAAAUUAAAAUAGGUAUAGAAAAAGUUCAAAAAGAUUUACAAAAUGAAAAUCAACAAAUACUUGCACAAGAAGGUCUUUUAAGACAAUUACCAGUUAUUUCAAAUAUUAUGUCAUGGUGGAGUCCAUCUCCAACAACAUCAUCAUUAAUUAUGAAAGGUCGAUCAUUUGAUUUAAAUUCCGGUUGUAUUGAAUCUACUGAAGAUACAUAUGCUUAUCGUAUGCAAAUUAAAAAACAAUCUCCUCAUGCACUGACACAUAACGACGAAGAAACAGUUACACUUUCAACAAAUCCUGAUCUUGCAACAAAUUCUACUGAUACUAUUCCUAAACAAGAAGAACAACAAAACCAAUAA